CCGGUCCCGGUCCCGGUCCGACCUCAGAGAGCCCGGUGGAGCUGAGCCCCCCGGGGCUGGAAGGGGAGCCCCACCAUGGCGCCUACACCACCUUCAUGAAGUCCCACCGCUGUUAUGAUCUGAUCCCCACCAGCUCCAAGCUGGUCGUCUUCGACACUUCCCUGCAGGUGAAGAAGGCUUUCUUUGCGCUGGUCACCAAUGGCGUGCGGGCUGCCCCACUGUGGGACAGCAAGAAGCAAAGCUUCGUGGGCAUGCUGACCAUCACCGACUUCAUCAACAUCUUGCACCGCUACUACAAGUCACCCAUGGUGCAGAUCUAUGAGCUGGAGGAGCACAAAAUCGAGACAUGGAGAGAGGUCUACCUACAAGACUCCUUCAAGCCGCUGGUCUGCAUUUCCCCCAACGCUAGCCUCUUUGACGCCGUCUCCUCCCUGAUCCGGAACAAGAUCCACCGUUUGCCCGUCAUUGACCCCGAUUCGGGGAACACGCUCUACAUCCUCACCCACAAACGCAUCCUCAAGUUCCUCAAACUCUUUAUAGCAGAGGUCCCAAAGCCUGAGUUCAUGGCCAAGACGCUGGAGGAGCUGCGGAUCGGCACCUACAACAACAUCGCCGUGGUGCGGACCAGCACCCCCAUCUACGUGGCGCUGGGCAUCUUCGUGCAGCAUCGCGUGUCCGCUCUGCCGGUCGUUGAUGAGUCGGGGCGGGUGGUGGAUAUCUACUCCAAAUUCGACGUUAUUAACCUGGCAGCCGAAAAGACCUACAACAACCUGGACGUGACGGUGACACGGGCGCUGCAGCAUCGCUCCCACUACUUCGAGGGCGUCCUCAAGUGUUAUAAGCACGAGACGCUGGAAACUAUCAUCAACCGCCUGGUAGAGGCCGAGGUUCACCGGCUGGUGGUGGUGGACGAGAGCGACGUGGUCAAGGGGAUUGUCUCUCUCUCAGACAUCCUGCAAGCCCUGGUCCUCCCGCAGGGCCGCUGAGGCAGUGAAGGGGGGAGGGGGGGAUUCAGCCCCUCCCGGUGCCCCCAUCCUCCUCUCCUGCCACGCCAUGCCCCCCCGGGCUGGUGGGGAUGCCCGGGGUGGGGACCCCACUCACCAGCAGCAUCCAGCAAUAAUCUCCAGCCGUGGGGUAGCCCCACACCGCCCCAGCUCUUCCUCGGGUGGGGAGAGCCCACAGCUCCCCCCGCGCUGCACCCUGCGCCCCAAGGCCGUGUUGG